UAGAUAUUAAACAGCUAACGAACAUUUCCGGUUAAGGAUGUCAAAUUUUCCACCACUUCCACAGAUUGCUGGUAAUCAUGCAUUAGUUUAUGAAGCAUAUUAUAAUCAGGCUGACCCAAAAGGAACAGGAAGCAUAGGAGCUUUAGAUGCUGCAAACUUCUUAAAGAAAUCAGGACUCAAAGAUUCAGUAUUGGGACAGAUAUGGGACUUAUCAGAUCCAACAGGGAAAGGAUACUUAGAGAAACCAGGAUUUUAUGUAGCUUUAAAGAUGGUGGCAUUAUCACAGAGCAACCAGGACUUAAAUUUACAAAAUCUGAUAAUUGAAGCUCCACAACCUAAUGUUGGACCAGUUGAUUUGACUCCAAAGCAUGAGCCAGCUGUACAGAAUGCCACCAGUGUACCAUGGAAAGUUUCGGCUGUAGAGAAAACCAAGUAUGACCAGUUGUUUGAUAGUUUGGUUCCUGUUAAUGGACUGUUGUCAGGAGACAAAGUUAGACCCAUGUUAAUGAAUUCCAAGUUACCUGUAGACGUUUUAAAAAAUAUCUGGGAAUUAAGUGAUGUAGACAAAGAUGGCUACCUUGACAGAGAUGAAUUUUGUGUGUCAAUGCAUCUAGUAUACAGAGCUAUAGAAAAAGAACCAGUUCCAUCAACAUUACCAAUAGCCCUUAUACCUCCUUCAAAAAGAAAGCAUAAUCCCAUACCAGGUGGUGUACAAGUUCUACCAGGGGCAAUACCUUCACUACCAGGAUCUGUUCCUGUUCUUCCAGGGGUGAUUGGUGGGAGGUCAACACCAACAAUGAGGUCAGAUUCUCCCUUGAUGAGUGGGCAGUGGGUUGUAAAUGCUACUGAAAAAAGUAGAUUUGAUGCCAUGUUUAAAACAGCUGAUUUAGAUAUGGAUGGUUAUGUAACGGGACAAGAAACCAGAGAUAUAUUUGUACAGAGUGGAGUUCCAAAUAAUGUUCUUGCUCAUAUAUGGUCUUUAUGUGAUAUGAAAGGUUUAGGAAAGUUAAAUUCUGAACAGUUUGCUUUAGCAAUGUAUCUAAUCAAUCUGAAAAUGAAAGGUAUAGAGCCUCCAACACAGUUAACACCUGAGAUGAUCCCCCCUUCCAUGAGAAGUGGGACAGAUACUGCAGCCUUUGGCAUAACAGAUGCUACCAAUGCAGGACCAUUUAGUCAUGUGGCUGAUUUCUCUGCUAUCAAAGAGUUGGAUAUUAUUCAAAAAGAUAUUGAAGACAUGAAAAGGGAGAAGUUAAACUUAGAAAGAGAUGACUUACAGACUGAGGCUGAUAUAAAGAUAAGUAACGGAGAAGUUCAGAUGUUACAGAAAGAAUUAGACAGUAUUAUGGCAACAUUACAACAGCUAGAAAAUCAAAAGAAAGAAGCUCAGAAAUGUCUUGAUGAACUAGAUGAAAAGAAAUCAGAUUUAAUGGCAAAUGUAUCAGAUAUGAAAGAGAAAUGUGAUAAAGAAGAAAAAGAAAUAUACAAUUUAAAAUCACAGAUUGACAAUCAAGAUCUUUUCAUGAAGAAUCAAGAAGAAGAACUUAAUAAAUUAAAAAUAGAAUUAAACACCUUGAGAGAAGAAGAAAAGAAAUUAGAGCAAAACAUUGAUGGUGGUAAACAACAGAUACAACUGUUUGCUAAAUCAAAACAAGAUAUACAACAGCAAGUAAAUCAGGAAAAAAUUAAAGUACAGCAUUUGGAAGAUAAACUUAGAGGAGCCCAAUCAGGAUCAGCUAGUAUUAAUGGUGAAGUGUCAGGCAUAUUUGCUUCACAGAUUGAUGAUAACAUGAGUACACAAGCUACACUUGGAAGUCCACAUAGUACUAUAAGUGGUUUUAGUGCAGGUUCCGGAUUAGAGGAUUUUAAAGAUGAUCCAUUUAAGCACAAAGAUCCUUUUGGUGGAGGAAGUACUGUUCAGGCUGAUCCAUUCCAGAGUGAAGAUCCAUUUAAAGAAAAAUAUGGCAUAGGUGAUAUCAACACACCAGGUGAUCCAUUUAAAGGUAAUGGAUUUUCUUCAGAUCCAUUUGGAGCUGAAGAUCCUUUUAAAAGUUCAUUUGGUGAUACAUCAACUUCCAGUAAGAGUGAUCCAUUUGGUAAUGUGGACCCAUUUAGUGGUUCUUUUUCAUCAACAUCAUCGUCAAGUAGUAAAAAAGCCAAUGAUUCUUUUGAUCCUUUUGGAGGAAGUGGUAAACCAUCUAAACCAGGCUCAUUGUUUGCAGAUGCUGAUCCAUUUGCACCUAAGUCAUCAUCCCCAUCUAAAAAAAGUUCCCCAUCACCUGCUUCAUUUUCCAAAGAGAAAAAGAAACCACCCCCACGACCUGCACCUCCUAGAGGAACUAGUCCUAAUCCAAUUAAAGCAGCAUCAGCUGCAUGGAAUGAUCCAUUUGCUGGGUCUGAUCCAUUUUCUGGAUCAGGGGCACCAAAGUCAACAGGAAAUGAUCAGUUUGCUAAUUUUGCUGAUUUUAGUCCUGGAAAAUUUGAUGAUACAAAUGCUUGGGGAAGCUGAAAUCUGUAUCCUAUCAUAAGUGGACCAAUAAAUUCCCACCCGUGCUGCCACACGUGCAAUAUUGAUUAUUAAUUGUUGUAUACGAGGUUAGGAUGUGUGUUGUUUUUGUUAUCAGUGAGCUUGUUUACAUUACAACCAGUACAUUUCAACCACUAUUGUUUGUAUUGGCCAAAAACAGUAACAAUCAUUAACUGAUUAUAUCAUUUAUCCAAAAAUAUUCAUAAAGGAAUUACAGUGACACUGCUAGAUGUCGUUCAAAUUUUCAGUGAGCAUCAAAGCAAAGCUUCUUUGGAACAAAAAUUGUCUUUUUCUUGCACAGCUUUUUGAAACCAAACAUGUUGUUUACCAUUUUUGUGUAGAUAUGUUGUGUAUUAAUGUGCCAAACUGUUGAUUAUGCAAAUGUUAAAACCUAUGAAUUAUAACUACCAGUCAAAGAAAGCUACGGGUUUUCACCCCAUAAGUAAUAUAUAUGUGUUCAAUUAAAUUAUAAAUCUUUCCUUAUACUGUGUAAAUAUGCUUAUUGAUGAAUGCCAGUAUCUGUGGAUACCUGAUAAUUAAUUUCAAGGUUAUAUUCUUAAAUUCAAGGCUUUAUACUCAGCACAGGUCAAGUCAAUGCAAACUUGGCUUUUAAUUGGAUAGUAACUGUUGUGGUUUUAAUCAACUUUAAUAUCCAUUAAAAUUGGUACUCUAAAAUGAUAAUACUUUCAAAUCUUUUGUAAAAUUAUCAUAUUAAUAUGUGGUGUUUUUGCAUUUGUCACAUAAAACAAUGUUAAUCUAUUACAAGUGGUUGUCAAAGAUAAAAAAAAUAUAUAACACUAUCAUCUUGUUUAAUAUUAAAAUGACUGAUAAAACUGUUACUGUUAUUAUAAAGUAGUGACUAAGUAUCAAUAUAUUAAAUGUUUUAUUGUCUUUAGAUGUAGUAAGGACAUUGUAAUGUUGUUUAAAUCCUGGUUAUUUGAAAUACAUAUGUUGUCAGGACAAUGACAAUUAGGAAAACAAUGGUAGGAACAUUUUACAAUUAGUCUUGUGACUUAGUAACUUAUUGUUAGACAAUAGAAAUGGGGGAUUGGAGCACAAUUCAUUAACUAUUUUUCAUCCAAAUUUGUGUAUAAUCCCAUGAAGAUGACACUCACCUCUUUGUUAUGUAUAAGCUCAUAGCAAUCUUUUUAGUAUAAAUUUCUUUUUAUAUCACCAUUCAUCUUCAGGUAUUUGGUAUGUUGUUCCAGUUUGUCGCAUAAACUAUUUAUUUACAUUGAAGUUUUUUCAUUUAUGACUUAAAAUUGCUGUUUUUGACAGUUCAACCAUUAAAGAGACCUGAUUUGAUUAGAAUUUUCGUUUGGGAUAUCCCAAAAAUCGUUCUUAUAGAAAAAUGAAGUAAGAGAUACACAAUUAUAUAGUGUAAUGCACAUUCUGUAAACAAAUUCUCUGAAAUCUAUUCUCAGGUUUUGCAGAUAAGGGAUACAUAGAUAGAAAAUACUGAAAGUCUAUGUAAAACAGAAAAUCCCCAAAUACUGUCAAAACAAAAUGUAUAUCAAGUUCAGGAACUGUAGAUUUGGUAAUGAACUACACUUAAAUAUCAGAGAUACUGGAUAAAAUGGCUAACCAUGUUUAAAAUAAUGGCUAAGUGACAAAAUUUUUGUGAUAUUUAUCCAGUUUAAUAAAUGGCAUAGAAAACAAAUUAUAAUGGAAUUUCUGAAAUAGAGAUUUCUGAUCACAAAGAUUUCAAUGUGCAUUUCCUUUAAAAAUUGAUACUUAACCAGAGUUUCAUGAAUGUUUGAAAAGAAAGACCGCCUCAAGAUAUCCUUGUUGUUUUGUGUCAUUUUGGUGUAUGCUCAGUUUGCUCAUAUUAACUGAAUUUCGUGAAUAUGGAGGAAAAGUUUCAAACAGGGCAAGAUCUUUGUCCUUAAAAUUGAGGGUUUUCAGUCUGAUGAUCAGCAAGUGGAAUACAACACUCUCAUAAUCAUUUGAAGGAACCAACAGUUUUUUAGAAUUAUGGCAUGUUAAUUUUGCAAUUUUAAGAAUUUCAAUACUUUAUUUUUUUCAAAUAUUGACAGUUGUGAAGUUCAGUGCAUCACGUUUUCUUAUCCUCAAUUGUUUUUAUUUCUGUCCAGUAAACACUAAUUUUUGAAUUUAAGCAUUGUCUUGCUUAUCAAGUUUUCUUUAUAUUUUUACUUUAUUGAACAAUCAAUACCAUUCAGUCUUAUUUUAUUUCAAGGUUUUCAUAAUAUCAGUGUUAAACAAUAAAAUAGUGUUGUGUUUCUUUUGAUCUUAAGCAUAUAAAUAUAGAUAUAUAAACAUACUUUAUUUCUGUUUUAUUGAAAGAUGUUAUUCUAUAAUGGCUGUGUCAUGUUUAAUUGCGUUGAAACACAAAAGUGUUCAUUAUCCAUUAUCAUAACUUCUGUUUUAUAAGUUGAGAUUUUUUAUUUACAUGAGAGCUGUGCUUUCAGUCAUGAAAUAUUUUAUUGUGAUAUCUGUAUUCCAGUUUUAUCUUAGUUUCUCAUUUUAAUUAAUGUACAUCUGAGUAUGAAUUCAUCAUUUGUAAAUAUUAGCAAUAAAUUAUAUCAAUCAUUAA